AUGUUGCGCAAUAUUCCCAUAUCACUACUUCUCCGUAAGGGGGUACGAUCUCACUCUCACGUAACGUCCGUGUCAUCAUUAACAGUACCGGGUUUAUCGUCUGAAGUACGUCAUGAUUGGACAAAGGAAGAGGUUGGACAAAUCUAUGACCAGCCAUUAUUAGAGCUUAUCUACAAAGCUGCAACAGUCCAUCGAAUGUAUUUUGAUCCAACAGAAGUACAACAAUGUACACUUCUCUCCAUUAAAACUGGUGGAUGUACAGAAGAUUGUAAAUACUGUUCACAAUCAUCUCACCAUAAGACGUUUGUAAAGCCUGAACCAACCAAAAAGGUACAAGAAGUGGUGGAAAUGGCACGACGGGCGAAAGCAGCAGGUAGUACACGUUUUUGUAUGGGCUCAGCAUGGCGUGAAGUGGGUAAAAAGAAUGCUUUUCGGCAUAUUCUUGAUAUGGUACGCCAAGUUAAGGAGAUGGAUCUGGAAGUAUGCUGUACACUGGGUAUGCUGACAGAGGAACAGGCUGUACAACUCAAGGAGGCUGGCUUAUCAGCAUAUAAUCACAAUCUUGAUACGAGUCGGGAGCACUAUGCCAAGGUGAUUACGACGCGCACGUACGAUGAUCGCCUUCAGACCAUUGAAAAUGUACGCAAAGCUGGUAUCUCCGUCUGCUGUGGUGGUAUUCUAGGUCUUGGUGAAGAGAAGAUUGACCGUAUUGGUCUGCUCCAUUCACUCGCUACCAUGGAGGAACACCCUGAGUCUGUGCCCGUGAACGCGCUAGUGUCAGUAGAAGGUACGCCGCUUUUUGAAGAGGAUAUUGCACCCGUCACUGCGUCGGAUAUGGCGCGUAUGAUUGCAACGGCGCGGAUCUUGAUGCCCAAGACUAUGGUGCGGCUGAGUGCCGGACGUAUGUCCUUUACGGACUCGGAGCAAGGCAUGAUGUUUAUGGCUGGUGCCAACUCGAUUUUUAACGGAGACACGCUGCUGACGACGGCUAACCCGGCGUUUGAAAAGGACAAGAAGUUGUUUGAGAGUUUUGGAUUGAAGGGCAAGCCAGCGUACCAAGCGCACAAGUCCACGCCAUAUAUUGUCAAGGUGACCCACUCGGCACCUGUCGAGACGGAGGCUGUGGCAUGA